AUGACAAAGGAGUAUCAAGAUCUUCAGGUUCUGGACAACGAGGAGAAUGACCAUCAGCACAGAAAAAGGCCGCCUCCUCCUCAUUCAUUCAGUCGGCGUCUCUGCACCGGACCCAGCCUCCUCCUGGUCUCCGUGGGCCUUAGCCUCCUGCUGCUAGUAGUUCUCUGUGUGAUCGGAUCCCAGAAUUUCAAGUUUCAGAGUGACCUGCAGACCCUGAGAACAGGUUUCAGUAACUUCACUUCAAACACUGUGGCUGAGGUCCAGGCACUGAACUCCCAGGGUGGCAACUUGCAAGAAAUGAUAACAUCACUGAAAGCUGAGGUGGAAAGUCACAAGCAAAAACUGCAAGCUGCCCGUAGCUUGAAUGACAAGGUGCUUUCUCUGGAGAACAGGCUGGAGAAGCAACUGGAAGAACUCAAAGCAGGUGAUUCUGAAAUGCUCCUUCGAGUCCAGCAGCUGGUCAAGAACAUGAGCUCCCUGACCUGCAAGACGGAUGCUCUCAAGAGCAAUUUCUCUCAAAACACAGCCUGCUGUCCCGCCAACUGGCUGGAGCAUGGAGGCUGCUGCUACUGGUUUUCUUCCUUGGGGAAGCCCUGGCCAGAAGCUGAGAAAGACUGCCAACUGAAGAAUGCCCACCUGGUAGUCAUCAACUCCAGAGAGGAGCAGGAUUUUAUCCAGGCCAACCUACGUCCUUACUUCACCUGGAUGGGCCUCAGUGAUCUAGAUGGAGUCUGGAAAUGGGUGGAUGGGUCGGACUAUGAGACCAACAUCAAGAACUGGAAGCCAGGCCAGCCGGAUGACUUUCAUGGGCAUGAGCUGGGUGGGGGUGAGGACUGUGCCCAUUUCUACCCCGAUGGUGAGUGGAAUGACGAUGCCUGCCAAAGACCCUACUACUGGAUCUGCAAGGCUGGACUGAGCAAAGGCAACUAA